AUGAGGGACUAUUUGAACAGUCCCCAUGAAGAGAGAGGCAAAGAGACGCAUAUCAUCUUCAAGGACUUGGACAAUUUUGAUAAAGCCAUGAAGAAAGCUUUCGGCACCGUCGACGAAAAUCGUGCUGCAGAACAUACUUGGACUUCAAGAACUUCAUCAGAAGGGAUCAGCCUCCGACUAUGCAGUCCACUUCAGGCAGCUAGCCUCGAAGCUGGACCGGGACGAAGCGCCAAGGAACUCUAUACCGCAGAUCAAAGCCAAUGCCGAAGAUGA